AAUGAGUGUUAACAACUUAUCGUAAGCCCAUGCUUAAUAAUUCAUGUAAACAAAGCUUAUAAAGUGAAAACAUCACUGUCUUAUGAUAGUACAAAACAUGCUUAAUAAUUGAACAUUUUCUAAUGGAAUUGUAGAAAAAGAGAUUUAUACUUAUUAAAAUAAGAAAAUAUAUAAUGUUAUUAAGAUGAAUUCGUAUAAAUGUGUUAAUUGUGGCGUUGCUGCCAGUGCCCUGUAUAAAACGUAUGGUCCUUCUGUUUUGAAAUUAACAAAAUGUGAGAGUUGUAAAGGAGUGAUAGACAAAUACAUCGAAUAUGAUCCAGUUAUUGUGAUGAUUGAUCUAGUUCUAAUGUCUAAGGAAGCACAGCGGCAUAUUAUUUACAACACCGAAUUUAAGUCAUAUUGGAAGUUAUUUAUAAUUCUCAUUAUGUUGGAAACAUAUGGAGUAUGGAGAAAUGAUAGUCUCUUUAAUAUAGCUAUUAAUACAGUAUGCAAUAUCAAAAAUAAUAGUACAAUGAAUUCUACUUAUAUUACUUUACCGAUAAAUAUAUCAGUACCAGAGCCUUGGAUGAGCGAUUGUAAAGGCUGGGCAUAUGAGGAGAAGGAAUCCUUGGAUCUCUUUAUAUGGGAGAAAGACUUCUACAUUCAAUUCUUAUCCAUAUUUACUGGAGUAAUAGUAUUCAUCACAAUAGUUCACUUGUUAAUGAAGCUCUUUAAGAAAUUUUGUUUUCAAAAUGAAGUUUCGUUAGCAAGAGUGCUGAAGUCGUUUUCGUUGGCCAACAUGAGCCUGCUGUUCACGUUGCCCAUGCUGGUGUGGGGCAACUCCGACACGCCGCCCGCCACCAGGCUCUUGCAUUACUUGAUGGUCUUCGUCUACAGCUUCAUCUUCUUCUAUAACACAUUCCGAGUGUUAUAUGAGAGCCCCAAAAUAGUGACUGCAGUAGUCCUCACUAUCAGUUACUGUAUCAAAUACUUGACUACGUUCCAUAUGACGCCGUUUAUCAGAAAAAUAACAAGAUGAGCAUAUUACAACAAACUUGUGUACAAAGUAUUGGUUACUACACAGAUAUCUGAACAUGUCUGUUAGUCCAUAAUCCUAAUGCAGUAAUAAGCAGAGACAAUAAAAUAAAAGUAUUAAUUCAAUUUAGCAUUUGACGCAGCCUAAAAUGAGCCUCGAAUAAAUAUCUGUAUAAUCCCAACAUCAAUUAUAUGUUUGUGCUAAAAGCCUAUUCAUGUAGCAGCUGAUGCCAAAAAAUAAUGAUUUUGUCACUUACAAGCGAAGGAUUACUUAAUAAGUUUUUUUUCUUCUUUUAAUUACCCAAAAAAAAUGUGCAUACAAUUAAACUUUCACAUUUUUAAUACAGAUACAUUCUCUUUACAUAACGACUGACACAUACCUUAACCUAAGUAAUUGUAAUUUCAGUAGUUCGGGAUGGCAAAAUAAAAUUAUGUAGUACCAUGAUGUUUCAAUCUCUCUCUAUAUUUUCACAAUGCCCCCAA